AUGGGCCGCCCACCCCUCUCCGAGAACCGGACCAUGUCCAUCCUCAACAAGGCCAAAGCCGGCGGCUACGCCAUUCCGGGAAUGUGCUGCUACAACAUCGAGUCCAUCAUCGCCACCGUCAAGGCCGCCGAGGCCGCCCGCUCGCCAGCCAUGGUCCUCCUCUUCCCCUGGGCCAUCCAGUACGCGGGUGACUCACUCGUGAAAGCCGCCGCCGACGCCGCCCACAGCGCCAGCGUGCCUGUGUCGCUGCACCUGGACCACGCGCAAACACCCGAGCUGGUGCGCCGCGCCGCCGAUAUUCCCGACGGCUUCGACAGCAUCAUGUGCGACAUGAGCCACUACGAAAAGGAAGAGAACCUGAAGCUCACGGCCGAGUUGGUGCAGUACUGCCACGAGCGCGGGAUUGCUGCCGAAGCGGAGCCUGGACGUAUCGAGGGCGGAGAGGAUGGCGUGGCGGAGACGGCGGACUUGGAAGGACUGCUGACUACGCCCGAGGAGGCUGAGGAGUUUGUCAAUACCGGGAUUGACAUGUUGGCCCCCGCGUUUGGAAACGUGCAUGGAGAGUAUGGUCCUAGGGGAAUCCAGCUGGAGUAUGAUCGUCUGCAAGCCAUCAAUGAGCGGGUGGGUGAGAGGGUCAGGCUGGUGUUGCAUGGUGCGGACCCAUUCGACGAGGAGAUCUUUAGGAAGUGCAUGGCUGGUGGUGUGACCAAGGUCAACAUCAACAAAGGGAUGAACAAUCGCUAUGCGAGGGUGCAGGAUGAGAUGAAGGGGAAGCCGUUGACGAGCGUGAUUGAGGCCGGGACGAAGGCGAUGCAGGAAGCUAUUGAGCAGUAUAUGCACUGGCUGGGAAGUGCCGGGAAGGCUUGA